GGCCAGAACUGAAAGUCAGAACGAUGAUGAACCGCGUUGCAAGCAGCCUGCUCCUCCUGCUGGUGGUGGCCGCAGCCGCCGUCCAGGCAGCCUCGGUGGCCACCCCUACCUGUGGCGGUAGUACGUCCUCGAAGAAAAUCAACCUGGUUAACCCAUCCAACGCGCCCCGGGAGUGCGAGUACCACAUCAAGGCCUACAACAAGUACGUGUGCCAACUGCGCAUCGACUUUGCCAUGACCCUGGCCCAGCCCACUCUGGAGACCCAGGCGGAUUCGGGACUGAGCUACGCCGAGUGCACCCAGGACUACUUCGAGGUCAACGGCCUGCGACUCUGCGGCACCGAAGUGUGGCAGCACAUCUAUGUGCCCUUCAACGCCACCGAUGGCGACACCCAAGUGGAUUUGUUGAUUUCGCUGGCCAAUCGUGUGGGCUACACUGACCUGCCCACUCCCACCUGGGACAUGACUGUGACCCAGUUGGAGUGCCCCGCCGGUGCCUCGGUGCGUUCCCUGGAUUUGGAUGAGGAGUCCACCAUCGAGGGACGCGCCAGCGCCAGCACCAAGGACGGAUUCUAUGUGGCCCCUCCCGGCUGCCUGCAGUACUUCCCCCAGUCCAAGGGCGUGGUCAAGUCCUUCAACUACAACGAAGGCCAAGGCAUCUACCCAUCCCGCAUGAACUACGCCAUCUGCUUCCGCCGCGACACGGACACCACUGCCCUUAACAUUCGCGCCUACUACUUCAACGUGGGUGCCCAGGAGCAGGCCACCACCCUGCUGACCGACGAGUCCUGCUACAGCGCCGAUAGCACCAACGACCUUGACGCCGAUUUCCUGAUGGUGCCCCAGGCCACCAUGGAGGACAGCCACAAGCACGCCACCUACUUCUGUGGCUCCAUCAAGAAGGACGUGGUGAUAUCGAGUAACAAUCCUGGCCCCCUGCUGGUUCUCUUCAACAGCGAUGAUAUCUACAGGCAGAACGAGGCGGGUUUUGCCUUCACUUACACCGUCGAUUAAAUGGUGAAAUGCUCCUCGAUAGCACUGUAAACAAAGAAAGAAAUUUGCAAUAAAAACAAAGCUUUAAUCAAAA